CGCUUCCGCGAGUGGUGGCCUCCGCCGCGCAUGGAGGAGCUGCCCCUCGUCGUGGUCCUGCUCCUCCUUCUCUCCUCACUGAUUGUCCCGCUGGUGCUCCUGGAUAGGAAAAGACGCGGUCGGCAGACGCCUCCGUUCAGUCUCCUGGUGGUGGCCGGCUCUGGUGGGCACACAACAGAAAUCCUGAGGUUACUCAGCUGUUUGUCAGAGUCAUACUCUCCUAGACAUUAUGUUUUGGCAGACUCAGAUAAGAUGAGUGAAGCUAAAAUACGUUCUUUUGAACAAAAAAGGGCUGAAACAUUCUCCAAGUCCCAGUUCAGCCUGGAUCGCAUUCCCAGGAGCCGGGAGGUCAGACAGUCCUGGGUCUCCUCUGUGCUAACAACACUGUACUCCAUACUUUACUCUCUCCCUCUGACCUACAAACGGAAACCAGAUUUGAUAUUGUGCAAUGGACCAGGAACAUGUGUUCCUGUCUGUUUAUCUGCUUUUCUUCUUGGCCUUCUACGAAUAAAGAGAACAAUUAUUGUGUAUGUAGAGAGCAUCUGCCGUGUGGAAACUUUAUCCUUGUCUGGAAAGAUUCUUUACUACUUUUCAGAUUAUUUCAUUGUUCAGUGGCCCAAUCUAAAGAAAAAAUAUCCCAAGUCAGUGUAUCUUGGUCGAAUAGUGUAACAACAGAAGACAAGAUCAACUUUACCUGAAAUAGAUUCUACAAGCUCCUCACUUGCAUUUCUGUAGUAAUUUAUUUUCCAGAAUUCCUGUUACUAAAUUAGGCUGGUACUUAAAAAUGAGACAAUAAAGUUUUCUCUACAUUUAAGUAAAA